UCCUUCUCCCUCUCCCUCUGUCUGUGUCUCUGUCUUGGUGAACUGAGGAGUCGCUUUGCUUAGUUUUCAGCAACCUUAGCUUCUCCCUGAACUCUCCCUCUUCUUUCUUCCUCUACUCCCGUCCACAUCAAUGGCGGAACCUUGCAAGCUUUAGCUAUUAGCUUUCGGAGCUCCGAAGCUUUAAAGCAAGAGCAUCUCUGUUCAUCCUCAGAUUCCCUUUAAACCAGCCCCUUUCCCAGGUUUCGUUGAGGAUUUAUGUUUUGACCAAGAACAUUGAAUUUGGGUUUAUUUUAUUUUAUUUAUUAUGUUUGAUUUUAGUUGUAUCUGGCUUUCGCAUUUGAUUAGUUUGCAGUCGAUUCUUUCAAAUCUGAAGGCUUUCAAAGGAUGAGUUUGGUGGCGCUAUAAUUGCGGCUGCGACUUCUUUUGGCUCUAUAUGCAAAGCCCAAUUUGUUCCACUGCCCGAAAAGUCAUAAUUCAACUUCGCUUGUCUGCUAGAUAUCUAAUGGUUGAUUGCAACAUUUUGUGCUUUUGAUUGCACAACGAUAUUUUGGUUAUUUCUAAAUCAUGAGGAAAUAUCAUGGAGAAAAAUAAGGGAGAGGACUGGAGGGAGUUGGUGAGAAAGAUGCUCCCACCAGGGGCUUCUCUCCCUGAAGAUUCAACCAACCUCGAUUACUCUAUAGCCAUGGAGUACGAGGGCCCACCAGUCCCUUAUGAGGUUCCAAGAGUUGAACCCAUUGUAAAUAUGCGUGCAAUCCCUACUGCAUCAAUUGCAGAACCACUUUCAGACUCUCAGAGAUCAACAACCCAUGCUUGUCCUCCUGUAAUUGAACCGAUCCCCUUGCCGAUGUCUUGUAUUGCUGGUAUCACCAGUUCUCGUCAUCAAAGUCCAAGGGCAUCAGGAAGCUCGGAGUCAGUGGUGUCCGUCUUGCAGAAUCCUGAUUCUUCUUCGGCUUCUCCUUCGGCCUCCCCUGGUUCUGUUCACAAUCCUAUGAGUAAUUCUACUAAACUGGUACCGAAUGAAGUAAAGAGAGUGCCAGUUGUCACUUUUAACACUGUUGAUAGAUCAGAAAAGAAAGAGCUUGAUGUGCAGAAGCCAAUAUAUCCUGCGUAUGUUGGAGUUUCUAUGGGAAAGAAGAAGAAGAAGAAGAUUAAGAGAGUUUGCUACAGGUGUGGAAAGGGGAAGUGGGAAACUAAGGAGUCCUGCUUAGUUUGUGAUGCUAAAUAUUGCAGCAACUGUGUGCUUAGGGCAAUGGGAUCGAUGCCUGAAGGACGCAAGUGUGUUCCUUGCAUUGGUCAGCCAAUUGAUGAAUCAAAACGGUUGAAGUUGGGUAAACACUCAAGGUUGUUAUCUCGAUUGCUCAGUCCUUUGGAAGUCAAGCAAAUAAUGAGGGCAGAGAAAGAAUGUUCAGCUAAUCAGCUUCGACCAGAGCAGUUGAUUGUUAACGGAUUCUCUUUGAAGGCAGAAGAGAUGGCUGAGCUGCUAGGAUGCGCUUUACCUCCCCGGAAGUUGAAGCCUGGUAGUUAUUGGUAUGACAAGGAAUCUGGUCUUUGGGGAAAGGAGGGAGAAAAACCAGAUAGGAUCAUAAGCUCAAAUUUAAAUUUCUCUGGGAAACUUAGUCCUGAUGCAAGCAAUGGGAACACUGAAGUUUACAUAAAUGGCCGAGAAAUAACAAAACUUGAAUUGAGAGUGCUGAAGCUGGCAAAGGUGCAGUGUCCACGCGACACUCAUUUUUGGGUCUAUGAUGAUGGUCGUUAUGAGGAGGAAGGGCAGAAUAAUAUUAAGGGAAAUAUAUGGGAAAAGGCAUCAACACGGUUUGUUUGUACCUUGUUCUCUUUACCCGUGCUGCGCGGUCAGCCUCACGCCCCAAAGGAUGAAGUUAGCAAUUAUAGUGUUGUUCCAAAUUAUUUAGAGCAGAAAAAAAUUCAGAAACUUCUCCUACUUGGGCUUCAAGGCUCAGGAACCAGCACCAUCUACAAGCAGGCCAAGUUUUUGUACGGGAGCAAGUUUAGCAAUGAGGAACUGCAGGAUAUUAAGUUAAUGAUUCAAAGCAACGUGUAUAAAUAUCUUAGCAUUCUGCUUGAUGGACGGGAGCGCUUUGAGGAGGAGGCCAUGGGGAGGAUGAAGUCAGUAGGCUCCCAUGAUCAAAUCACUGAAGCAGGUGGAGAAGUUGAAUCUAAUGAAUCUAGUGAAUGUAUAUAUUCCAUCAACCCAAGGUUGAAGCAUUUCUCUGACUGGCUUCUGGAUAUCAUAGCCACUGGAGAUUUGGAUGCCUUUUUCCCUGCAGCAACACGGGAAUAUGCUCCAUUAGUUGAAGAGGUCUGGAAGGAUCCAGCCAUACAGGAAACAUAUAGGAGGAAGGAGGAACUUCACUUCCUUCCAGAUGUUGCUGAGUAUUUUUUGAAUCGGGCUGUUGAGGUGUCAAGUAAUGAUUAUGAACCUUCAGAGAAAGACAUACUAUAUGCAGAAGGAGUCACACAAGGGAAUGGUUUGGCUUUCAUAGAAUUCUCCCUUGAUGAUCGUAGCCCCAUGUCUGAAACCUACACUGAGAAUCUUGAUGCUCCACCUCAGCCUCUGGCCAGAUACCAAUUGAUUCGUGUAAAUGCCAAGGGAAUGAGUGAGGGGUGCAAGUGGGUGGAAAUGUUUGAGGAUGCACGCGCAGUUGUCUUCUGCAUUGCACUGAGUGAUUAUGAUCAGGUGUGCGUUGCCCCAGAGGAUGGUGGGAGUGGAGUCCUACUUCAAAACAAGAUGAUGCAAAGCAAGGAGCUCUUUGAGACUAUGGUCAGGCACCCUUGUUUCAAGGAUACUCCUUUUGUGCUGAUACUGAACAAGUAUGACCUCUUGGAGGAGAAGGUUAACCGGGUGCCUCUAAGUGCUUGCGAGUGGUUCAAUGAUUUCAGCCCAGUGCAACCACACCACAACAACCAGUCUCUGGCUCACCAGGCUUACUACUAUGUGGCGAUGAAGUUCAAAGACCUUUAUGCUUGCCUCACAAAUCGGAAACUUUUUGUAUGGCAAGCUAGGGCAAGGGAUAGAGUGACAAUUGAUGAGGCAUUCAAGUAUAUAAGGGAGGUCCUCAAGUGGGAUGAGGAGAAGGAGGAGAACUAUUAUGGUGGGGCGGAGGAUUCGUUCUAUAGUACAGAUGUGAGUUCCUCUCCGUUUAUCAGGCAAGAGUGAACCUUUUUUUUUUUUGGUUGGUAUUGGCUAUAUAUAUAAUAUAUAUUGAGCAAGAAAUGCGAAUGCUUUUCCCUUUUUGAUUGCUCAAAUAAGAUUUUUUUUCCUCUCUAGACAUCAAAA